AUGCAGUACUUGAAGUCGUUCACUCUUCUAUCCUUCGCCUCAGUGGCAGUGGCUCAGCAAUGCACUUUGCAGUUCGAUGGCAGGGUCGCAACUGGAACCGAGGCAGAAGCAUUCGAUGCCGAGAACAACCUCUUCAGUUCACAGAAUGUCUUUGGGGCCGGUUUGAGCUUCAGCAAAGUAUUGCAAUUGCCCAAUGAGGCCAGCUCACCUUUCGAUGGAAACGACAAUGUCCCACUUGAAGUCACAAUCAGGCCAUCAAUCUUCAACAAACAGACGGGCUUCCGACGCGCUGAGCUCAUCCCUUCAACCAACACAGGUACGGACGAAUCGACGACUGGCGUGAAGACGUUGCAUUUCAGUCUCUCGAAAGACGUCCAGCGUCCUCUCAAUCUCUCGCACGAGUACCAGCUAGCUUUCCUGGAGAGCAAUGACUUCAGCACGAACCAAGUCGUUCUCAAAACCGGCACCAUCCUGGGCGGCGAUGCAACGGUCGACCCGGAUACCCUCCAGCUCUUUGGCAAUGUCAACACCAAGCCGGCACCUCCUGUUCUUUUCAGCACACCUUUCGCAGAGAACACCAUUCAUAACUUUGCCGUAACCAUGGAUUUCAACGCCAACACCACCGUCCACGUAUUCUACUCAACCGACAACAAUGACUUGGAGGCACAGGGGGAACACCAGCCCAACGUUGUCACGGGCCAGGGUCAGUACCAUUUCGGUAUUCUGAAGAAGCCAGUCGGAGGUCAGGGUGAUAUCACCAAGAAUGGCUUCCAGCCGGACGGCAUUGAUGAAGGCAUCGUCUACAGCGGUAUCUUUCAAGAAGACAGCGCCAACGGCUGCAUCAGUUUGGCUCCUUAG